AUGAACGGUUCGGUAAUAAAGUGCGAAGUGUGUCAUAAAACUUUUCCGGAUAUUAGCAGAUUAAAACUACACGCCAUUACUCACUCAAACGAAAGGCCAUUUAAAUGUGAAAUUUGUGGAAAAUCAUUCAAAACCAAAGUCAGCUUGAAACAACAUAUAGCAGUUCAUGAAAAUGUGUCUUUCGAGUGUUCGGUUUGUAAUAAAACUAUUCGCCAAAGAAAUAAUCUGUAUAAACACAUGAAGAAUGUCCAUGAUCUUGUAGGCAAUCAACUGGACACAGCUAUGGAAAAAUCAAUAAAUAAGAAAGCUUCUGAAGUGGAAAUUAUUUGGGUUGAAAAUCCACAACCACAACUCCAUAAUAAUUUAUCUAUCAUACGGAUGUUGGCUAUGGAUUCGGAAGGGCCAUUGUCGAAAAUCGCUAAAAUUGAGAAUUGUUCUCAACCAAUCAAGCGUGUGGGUUUGAAUGAUUCUCAACCAUUUUCAACGCUUCUGGAUGCAAUUAAACUGGAAGAGUACGAGAAUCAAUUGGUUCAAGAGGCAUCAGAAUCAACGCUUCUGGAGGAUCAGAAUCUAUUUCCGGCAGCAGAAGUAUCCACGUCGAAGUCUGUUAUGGGAAACCAUGAGUCACAGAUUCCACAACAGGAAUUCUCUGAAGCUAGUCAAAAAUUCCAAGCUACGCACUUCCAAAAUCCUCAGCCAUCCAAUUUCGAUGAGGACUCUCGUCAGAUCUCCCAUCAAAUUAUGCGAGUCGCUGUCAACUCAACGAAAGAUCGUCAAGACUGUUUCAGACAACUGUUGUUUGCAACGGUGUUUGCAUUUGAGAGCUCUCCGACCUGCACCAACGUUGAAGAAUUCUUCCGAAUGAUGGGCGAACGAUACGCGAAGAAGUGA